AUUUGGCACUCAUCGCUCUCACCGACAUCCUCAAGAUCUAAAAAAUGCCCAGGGCCCCGAGGAACCAUUCCAAGACUUAUAAGGUCCCCCGUCGACCUUUCGAAUCCGCUCGUCUCGAUGCCGAGCUGAAGCUCGCAGGUGAAUACGGCCUCCGCAACAAACGCGAGAUCUGGCGUAUCGCCCUCAUCCUCUCCAAAAUCCGUCGUGCCGCCCGUGAGCUCCUCAAACUCGACGACAAGGACCCCAAACGUCUCUUCGAGGGUAACGCCCUCAUCCGCCGUCUCGUGCGCAUCGGUGUGCUGGACGAGUCCCGCAUGCGUCUCGAUUACGUGUUGGCCCUCAAGAUUGAAGAUUUCUUGGAGAGAAGGCUGCAGACUCAGGUUUUCAAGAGUGGUUUGGCUAAAUCCAUCCAUCAUGCUCGCGUGUUGAUCAGGCAAAGACAUAUCCGCGUCGGCAAGCAAAUAGUCAACGUCCCUUCAUUCGUCGUCCGACUUGACUCGCAAAAACACAUCGACUUUGCUCUUACUUCGCCUUAUGGUGGAGGUCGCUCCGGUCGCGUUAAGCGUAAGCGUGCUGCUGCCGCUGCCAAGAAGGAGGAAGGUGGUGACGAGGAGGAGGAAGAGUAAUUUAGUCGCCAUCAACUACGCUAUCUAUGCUUUGUAUCGUAUGCCUCAGCCCCAUGCCAUUAUGCAUACGAACCGCAUUUAGGAAUGAGACUUUUCAUGCCAGCAG